CACCGCUCUAAAGGUGGGUGACGGUGGACAUUCACAACACUGCCUUCAUGUCAGCGCACUGUUCAGCGGCAGCCUACUUUACUUGCGCCCUCUGUGCUUGAUUUUCGCGAAGUGGACUCAACAGCGGAUCUGGGUGUGAAUACUUGAAUGGCAAUGUUCUCAAUCAGAGCAUUGAAAUAUGGAAGAAAUGUCACGUUUCUCUGGAAGCGAACAAACACUAAAAGCACAACUAGGAAACUCAAUAUCAGCGGCAUCUAUCCACCAAUAGCCACUCCAUUUACAGAGAGUGAAGAAGUGGACUAUCAGAAACUGGAUGAAAACAUUGAGAAAUAUUCAAAGUUUCCAUUCAAAGGCUUGGUGGUACAAGGUUCUAAUGGAGAAUACCCAUACCUGACAAUCAACGAACGUCUGGAAGUGGUCAAGAGGGUCAGAGACAUUCUUCCCAAAAGCAAACUGCUAAUAGCUGGAUCUGGCUGCGAGUCCACUAAAGCCACAGUGCAAAUGACAGAAGGGAUGGCCCAUGCUGGAGCCGACGCUGUGCUGGUAGUGACGCCCUGUUUCUAUCGUGGAAGGAUGGACAGCAAAGCACUCAUUCACCACUAUACUAAGGUGGCAGAUGCGAGUCCUGUUCCUGUGGUGCUGUACAGUGUUCCAGCUAAUACAGGGUUAGAGCUGCCUGUGGAUGCAGUCGUUUGCCUGUCUCAGCAUCCAAACAUUGUGGGACUUAAAGACAGUGGUGGAGAUAUCACAAGAAUUGGUCUCAUCAUUCACAAAACCAGAUCAGAGGACUUCCAGGUUUUGGCAGGUUCUGCAGGAUUCUUAAUGGCUGCAUACGCUGUCGGGGCAAUUGGAGGGGUGUGUGCUUUAGCCAAUGUAUUGGGAGAGGAGGUGUGUGAACUUGAGAGGCUUUGUAUGCUGGGCCAGUGGGAGAAGGCCAGGGAGCUGCAGCAUCGCCUUAUAGAGCCAAACGCAGCAGUGACCAGAAAGUAUGGAGUGGCAGCCCUUAAGCAAGCAAUGGAAUGGUUUGGUUUCCAAGGAGGUGCAACCCGUUCACCUCUGCAACCACUCUCGCAGACGGAGUUGCAACAACUCCGUAUGGAUUUCUCCUCAAAUGGUUGGCUGUGACUAGACAGAAACAUUUCCAGUUUCUGACAAUUGCUGACCAAGAUUUGAAGGUGCUAAAUAGGUGGUUGAUUACAACCAAAAAUAAUAGAGCAAAAUGCUCUAGAAAUCUUUGAUAAGAAUGCAGUAGUCAGUAGUCACCUGGAUGCUAGUAUUUAUCAUGUACAUAGGAUACAAAUAACCAAUGUUCCCGUAAACACCAUAUACUGAAUUAUGAUCAAAACCAGCGUAAGCCUCAUAACUGGGGUACUCAGGUCUGUAUAAACGUUGUCAUUGUGACCAUGCAGCAAACUGAUCAUCUAAGCUCUUUAAAAAUCUUCUGAAAAACUGGUCUCCUUGCCUCAUUAUUCGGCUCGAUGAAACACAAAUAAAAUCAGUAGGCAUAGGCUAGGUCAGUGUUUUUCAACCACUGUUCCGUGGCACAGUAGUGUGCUGUGACAGAUCAUCAGGUGUGCAGUGGACCAGGUAUCGGAAUACCUUGACAAUUAAGUGAU